AUUUCCCCUUUCUUUGCUAGAGUGAUAUUUUUGACUGAUCAGGAGAUCAGCAGUGAAAAUGAACCCUGGGAAUUUGAGUUCCCUUGCCCAGAAGCUUGGGGCACAAGCUGCCCCGUGUUUCUUGAGAACGCAAGUAAGGUUCCGGAAAAAUCUUUGGGAACCCAAAGCUAGGUAUAUCAAUGAAAGCAAACUCAAAGGCUGGAAGCGACGUGAUGGUGACCGAACCAAGGACGGUUUUCGGAUUGUGAACCAGUUUCGCGUUGCGAUUCUUCCUGGACAGAACGUGGAGAUGAAGAGCGAUGGCUGCUUAUACGCUAUCGGUCAUGGCCGGGUUAUGGAGACCGUGGAGAAAACAAACCUGAAUUUCGACCAUUUCCUUGUUCAAAUGCAUUAUGCUUACCUGAAAAAUGAUGACAGUCGAUUCUACAGACAUUAUGUUCAUGUCAUACCGGAACCCCAGUCCACCCAAUACUGUUUGUCGGAUGUGGCUGCCAUUGGUCUGCAAGAGAAUGUUGUUGCAUGGUUUGUCGUGCCCGAGACAGUCGAGGUUCUUCGACCGGCAUGUAUUUCUUCCUCGCCAGGUCUGGCAAUGCCGGGUUUGGUUGCCUUCGGUAGACGAUGGAGCCUGGGAUCAGACGACUUCGUGAUCCCAGGGGUUGUAGAGCUGUUCAUCAAGUGUCCCUGGGUUAUCGCUGUGGCUGGAAUCUUUCUGUACCAUCGUACCCACUUGUACUGUCCUGGAGGACACCUUCUGCUACUAUAUCUCAUCGGUGUUUUUGCCAUUAACGUGGCAGGAAUGAUCGUGGAUGUCGCACUUGUUAGCAUCAGCUCGAGAGGGACAAUCAUUGACGACCGGCCGAGGAGAAAUUUGCCCGUCUUUCUUUACGUUAGGCUGUUUCUGUGUGUCCCUGAGCUGGCAUGGGUUAUUUUGGGAACGUAUUGGUGCUUUUCUGAUGCAGUUCAGUGCAACAAUGAGCCGGUGACUGUUUCCGUCGUAUCAGAACUCAUGAGCGGACUGUUCACAAACGCUGAUCUUGUACCGUCGGACGUAGCGGCUGGAUUUGUGCUGCUUCAUGCUGGCCAUAGGUCCUUCAAGAAAAAUUCACUGGCGAAUGCUGGUACUUUAGCUGUUCCUGCGUAUCUCAAUCCCGUUUUGAAUAUGAAAAUGUACUCUCAUGAUCUUAUCGUGCGAGAUAACCAACCGGAAUCCUGGAUGACUGUUAAGCUGGCGGCUCAUUACUUCAAAUAUGCUUGGGGUGCUUAUGGUUGGUUCUACUUUCUAUACCUGGGAUUUUUCAAGCGGAUGUGGAUGUUGAGGAAGACGAUGAAGUGUUUCGGAUGCUGUCGGAGACCCUACUAUAAAGAAGAUAAUUGCUGUCAGUGCUAUGUUGCUGCGCUGAAACUCAUCACAGGAUUGGAGCAGGACGAUAUUUUAUAUUUAUCAAUGACCAACAAUUUAUUUGAAACUCCGUUUUAUGUGGCCCUCGAUCACGAGAGCAAAAGCAUCGUGGUCACCAUUAGAGGAACUCUUUCUUUGCACGAUGUUCUAACCGAUCUCAGUGCAUCGAGUGAAGAAGUUUCGGUGCCUGGAAUACCCGAAGGCACUCGAUCGCAUAAGGGAAUGUUCGCUGCCGCGAGAAGUGUGGCCAAUCGCUUGGAAGAUUCUCAAGUUCUGGUUGAUGCGAAAGCGAUGUAUCCUGAUUACCAAAUUGUCCUUGUGGGUCACAGCUUGGGAGCUGCGGUAGCUGGUCUUCUGGCUUGUUUGCUUCGGCCAACCUUCCCAGAUCUGCGAUGUUAUGCUUAUUCGGGUCCAGGAACUUUGACUCCGGAAGCGGCGAAAAUCACGGAAAAAUUUGUCAUGUCUGUGGUUUUAGGCCACGAUAUUGUUCCUCGCCUCUGUCUUGCCUCUGCUCAUGCGUUGAAAAUUAGACUGAUCGAAGCAUUAGAGCAGUGUCGAUAUCCGAAGCACCGUAUUUUGAUGACGGGUUGCUGCGGAAUGCUGUUCGGCGGAUUCGAACCGGACUUCCUACUGCAACCAAGAAACGGUUCGGAGUCUCAAGUUCCGGAUCAGCCGUUGCUGAGUGCAGUUCCAAGAUCUGGCGCAGAUCCGUCUUAUGAAUCCCUGGCCGAGCUGAGAAUGCGGUUCAAGCGGCAGCAAACCAAGGAAUCUUGUGAUUGCCUUUUGAUACCCGGAAAAAUAUUGUACAUUGAAUCUCGACGAUUCUACAGUGAACCUGCUCAAAGAAGCGUUACCAGUGCGAAGAAGAGAAAAGAUGAGUUCGUAGCCAGAUGGGCUCGACCAGAAGAAUUCAACGAAAUCCUCGUUACGCCAAAGAUGAUCUUCCAGCACUUGCCAGCCAACUUGCACGAUGCCUUCACGUACCUCAUUUCGGAUGCGGAAGCCUCAUCUCGAUCUGCUUCUAAUCCAACCGUCGCGGUUUGUUAAAUGGAACAACCGCAACAAAAAACAUGUCGUCUAGCUCGGAAUGUUCGUUGUGCCAUCGAGUCUCAAUCGAUUCCUGUUCCCGCCUCGUGUACAAAUUGAGAUUGUGAAGGAUCGGAAACUUGCCAGUUGAGCUGUACUCUGUACCCCGUGAAACUUUACGUAGUCAGCUGAUCCGUGGGGGUGGAAGGAAACAUUUGGAGGAUUCUUAGUUUUUUGGCAUACAGCUGCUUUGGUUGCGGAAUUUGUAAAUGCAUUUAUUGUCGGGUGCAAUUGGUUUGGUUUUGCAACAUUGAAAACCGUCGCUUUAGCGCCCGUAGCAGCUUUCAGGCCUGUGGAUUAUUUUGUGAAUUUCUCUGCGGAGUUUUCCUUCUUCGUGUGAUGAAAAUAUUUUUGUGGUUGCGGAAAAAGCAAGAAUUUCCGGGAACAAUGGAGUUCCUAAUUUUG